CAUACAAGCUUUUCAUUUUUUUUUUUUUCUCUGUCUUCUUUUUUCCUUUGGUUUUUCCUGAUGUUGGUGGUGAUUCGUUAAUGGCUUCUGCUAGUUGCGAAGAUUAACGUAUCAUUGUAGCUUUGGGUUUUCGUUGUGGGUUGAAAUAGAUGGGGUGUUGUAAUGAAGUUUUCAUUGACCAGAAGAUUUUCCAGUUCAGGAAGGAAAAUGAUAGGUGGUGGAAAAUUAUAGAAAGUAAUCACCGUGGUGUGAAAUUUAUAGCUUUAGAUUAUGAAGCUAUGGGGUGGCUGAGUUCUAUGGUGAGGGAAUGUGCAGUGUUUAGGGGUGCUCAUGAGUUUUUGAGAACCCGUAGAAAAGGAGACACGAUGCUAAUGGUGCAGAAGGGACAUAAUCACAAUGGAAGUUUCAUUUCUCUUUCAGAGUUUGGUCGUGAUAAGAGGAAAGGUUUGAUUGUUGUGCCGGAAGGGAGGAAGGGGGGUUAGGGUGGAAAAAUUUCGGUGAUGCUUUAAUGGAAAUCUAUGCAUCCUUUGUUUCGGGGAAGAGAACCAGAGCUUUUCCUGGUGUCCAAACAGGUAACUGGAGGAUGAACAAAGAAGAUGGUGGUGUUGCUCCAUCAUCGAAGGCAGGAGGUGAUAGAUCGUACAGUGAGGUGCUAAAGGCAGUGCCUCAAGCCGUGUCAGACGUGUUCACCUCAGAGGCUGUACAGAGACAUGAGGGAAAUGGCAGUGGGCUGUUGGGGUUGAAUGAGGAAAUUAUUCUGAGGAUGCUGGUUGGCCUAGAGGAAAAAGUGGAUUCAGUGUUAGAGGAAAUCGGUUAUUUGAAACGGUGCGUUAAGGGUAAGGCAGAGAUGCAGUCUGUUCUGGGUCGGGUUAUGGGCCAGAAGAAUGGGCCGCAUAACACAGGUUCGUGGGGCCCAGGUUUGGGCCGGGGCGCAGGUCAAACCAAGACAUGGAGGGUCUUAAAUCGGGCUCCCACCGAAAUAUCGGGACAAGGACCGAAACAGACUUCGGGGGAGCCGACACAUAGUUUGUCGACACCACCACCGGCACAGAAAGUUUCACCGGCCUCCGUCGACCCCCUUGGUGUGUGCCAGUUGAGCUAUUCCGAUGGGAUGGGUUGGAGGAUGGUGAGAUUGCGUUGGAGCUAGACGCGAUGGAGACUUCGUGUGAGGUUGAUCCGUCGCUGUCUCUUGAAGUGGGGUUGGGAAGUGGCCAGUUUGAGCCGUGUGUGGAGGUAGUAGCCCAAGAGGCCAUGCCGGUGCAGGUUGUUUCGCCUGGUUUUGGAUCUUCGAGUAUGGAGGAUCCGGUAGUGUCAGGGGAAGGUUUUUUCUCUGGAAAUGAGGCUAC